GUCACGUCAUUUCUCGCGAGAUAAGCGGCUCCCACGUGUGUCCGGUCCCAUAUGAUCCAAACAUCAGACAUGUCUGCCUCCGUGGGUUUCUGUUCACGCUGGUUCAUCUCCACCUGCGACCGGUGGCUCGUGGCCGUUGACAGUAAACAGGACAGAGAACCAUUUGUGUUCGACUGCAGCACAGCAGAGAAGAAACCAAAGAACCCAUCGACUGACGGUGAUGAAGGCGGAGCCGAGGAAACAAGAAGUGACAGAAUCCUGGCGUUCGCUGUGUCUCCAUGUGGAAACCUGGUGGCCCUGACCGACGACAGCAAACGUCUCAUUCUGUUCCGAUGUGAGGCGUCGUCAUGGCGAUGCAUCAGCGUCAGGUUUGUGGUGAGGAGAUGCACCUCUCUGGCGUUCAGUCAGGCCGAGGAUCAGCUCCUGGCGGCCGAUAAAUCUGGAGAUGUUUACUCGUUCUCGGUGUUGAAUCCAGAUCAGGACGGCGAGUUGAAGAUGGGUCACCUGUCCAUGGUGUUGGCGGUGACGCUGUCAUUGGACGAUCGCUUCAUCAUCACCUCGGACCGAGACGAGAAGAUCCGCGUGAGUUGCCUUCGGUCGCCGUACAACAUCCAGUCCUUCUGUCUGGGACACAAACAGUUCAUCAGUGCUCUGUUGGUUCCUCCAGGUCAUUCUCAGCGUCUCGUGUCCGGAUCAGGGGACGGGACACUGAGGCUGUGGGAGUUUGAGUCUGGCCGUCACCUGCAGAGCGUCGACCUUCGAGACCUGAUGGAUCCAGAGAAAACAGACAACGACAAUGAGAAGGAGAAGAGGCUGACUGUUGGUCGGAUCAACAUCUCACCUGAUGCUCAACUCAUUGCCGUCGUCUGUGACAAAGUCUCAUUGGUCCAGUUCUUCAGUCUGGACCAGGACCAGCUCAGUCCUCAUAGCAGACUGACCCCACCCCACCAACCCCUGGAUGUGACCUUUGACCCCGAGGGCCGGCUGUGGGUGCUGAUGGACUCUGACCACUCCCCGUUACAGAUCUACACCCACAGAUGUGGGUCGUGGCAGUGUGACACUGAUAGUCCUGACCUGACCAGAGUGAGCGCUGCCUUCAGGAUCCACUGGGAUAAACUGGACGCCUCCGUCCGGACCGCCAGUCGCUUCGAUCACCUGUACGUGGUCAACUACGACAAUGUGUCAGAGUAUAUGAAGAAGAAGCAGCAGCGACUGGAUCAGCAGAGUCAGAAGAGGAACCUGGACCAGAAAAGACGACCGGACGCCAAGAAGAUGAAGACGCCGACGGCCAACUCCUGAAACAGAAAACGGACCAAUCAGAGUCAGACAGGACGGAAACAUGUCAAAAAACAUGUAAAGAAUCACACAGAGAUUUAGUUUGAGUUUUAUGUUUGUAUCAUUUCACAUAUUUUUAUUAAUAAACUGAUCUGAUGUCAGUCUGAA